AUGGCGGAAGUUGCAACUGAAGUAAAGCUCUUUAACAAGUGGUCGUACGAUGACAUCAGCAUCGCAGCAGACAUCUCCCUUGAGGACUACAUUGCUGUGAAGGGUAAAGCCGCUACGUUCCUGCCCCACACGGCUCAGCGUUAUCAGAAGAAGCGCUUUCGUAAGGCACAAUGCCCCAUUACGGAGCGUCUGGUGAAUGCCUUGAUGCGCAAGGGUCGUAACUCUGGCAAAAAGCUCAAGGCUACGCGUAUUGUCAAGCACACGCUCGAGAUUAUCCACUUGCUGACGGACAAGAAUCCGUUGCAGGUGGUGGUGGAAGCCGUCAUCAAGUCAGGCCCACGUGAGGACUCUACUCGCGUCGGUUCAGCCGGUGUCGUACGUCGUCAAGGUGUGGAUGUGUCGCCCUUCCGUCGUGUCAACCAGGCGCUGUACCUCAUCGCCACGGGUGCCCGUGAGGCGUCGUUUCGCAACGUUAAGACCAUUGCGGAAUGCCUGGCUGAUGAGCUUAUCAACGCGUCCAAGGGUUCGUCCAACAGUUACGCUAUUAAGAAGAAAGACGAGAUUGAACGUGUGGCUAAGGCCAACAGAUAA